GAGAGAGAGAUACACUGCGAGGAGGAGCGAAAGUCAAACAACAAAAUAAAGAGAUAGAGAGUGGUAGAGAUAUAACGAGACCGACUGAGACGGAAAAAGAGGAAGAGAGGAGAGAAGGAGAAUAAGAAAGAACUAGAGAAAUAUAGAAGAGACAAAGAGAGAGAGAGGAAGAACGUGUGAGAAGAAGGUUGAAAGCUGCAAUCACUCUACGUCUUUGAGGAAUCAGAGUGUUCAUUUGAAGCUGAUCAGACAAACACACACAAAAAAACAUUCACAUUUUCUCAUAUACACAAACACAAAUAUACAUGCUUAUACAGAUGUAUGCAUAUAUAAUUAAUUUACUUAAGAUAUAGAAUAUAAUUGUAUGUGUAAAAGAAAAGCAAAAAAGAACACACAAACACGUAUACAUACACAUAUAUAUAUAUAUAUAUCGAUAUAAUAUCACAAAGACAUACAUGCGCAGCUUCACUGAGAAGUUUACAAAUUAUUAACAAAUCUCCUUUCUCUAUAUCGUCAUAAAGCGACGUUUCUAUGUAUGUAUGUACGCAUGUAUAUAUGUUCAUACAAUUGUGUAUAUGCGCCUAUAUAUGCUUACGUUAAAUGAUAGUGUCAGUAAUUCAGCGAAGAAUUUUGGUCACUUCUAAACAUUCUGACACGCUUUAUAGGUUAUACCAAUUCUACUUUGGACUUUAGGAAAUGAUUUCGUUGCUUGGAAACAACAUCGGAUUCUUAUGCACGGCAGUGUUUGGAUUAUUAACGACCAUUCACGUUGUUCACGCAAUGAUCUCGUGUUCGAGUUGCGAUUCACGGAGAGACAAAUAUUAUGGAGAAUGUGAGCAGUCACCUCCGCCUCCAAAACCAUGUCCUAAAAGCAGUAAUUCACAUUUCUGCUCUAUAAUAAGGGAGACAGAAAUCAGUGGUACUCCAGUGCGAUUCGCCAGGGAUUGUGCGGAUAAAUAUAUAGAGGAAGAUUGCGUUGUAAAAAAUAUCACGGCAGCGAGGAAGACUACCUAUUGCAUUCGAACCUGCGACACAGACGGAUGCAAUGCACAAGGACUAGAAAUGCGGGGUGGAUCCUCGAAAUUGAAUAUAUUUACUUACUUAGUUUUCGGGCUUGCUUUACUACUUAAUAUUCAACAAUUAGCCUUUGUUUAAUAUUUUGUUUCU